AGACACUUCCUGCGUUCGGCGGGCUAAUGUAGGCGUUCACAUUCGCUCCCAGAUCGUCUCUGGCCAGUGACACUGACGCUUUCUGCCGAAGGAUCUUGGACAGGUGCGCCCCCGCAAGAUCAACAAGGGUACUGCUGUUUGCCUGUGCACCAAGGAACACGGACGCAGUGUAGCACAGUGGGUAAAGAACUGGGCUCGUAACCGAAAGGUCGCAGGUUCGAUUCCCGGUGAACCCCUGAGGCAACCCUGAGUCCUGUCACUGCGGCAGGAUGAACUGCCAUCUCCACUUCCUGGGGCUGAUCGUUCUCUUCCACACCACGUCCGCUAAUUGCAAUCCGGGAACCAGUAAGUCGCUUGAGAUUGCAUUUGAGCAGAUGGAGGGCUUAAAUGAAAAUCUUCCAGGGAAACCCUAUCAAGAGAGCAUAAGAGCUAUAGAAAAGUUGGAGAAAGUUCUGGAAAGCGCUGAAUUCAGCAGGAACGUCUCCUGUACCACGGGGAAUCUUGUGGUGCAUCUCUACAAUGCCUCUGGAAACUUCACAGGUCUGAAUAUUUCAGCCAAUGAGAUGAAGGCUUCCUCAGCGAAGGGCGGAGUCGGGAACAGCUCCGUCGAUGUGCACCUGCCGAAAACUCUGCUUAAUCCCAAAGAGAACAGGACCAUCGUCUUCUGCAUGAUCACCAUCCCCUAUAUGUUUGAGAAGCAGAAUUUCACCGUGCUCUACGGGCGAGCCGUAGGACUGAGCGUCAGCAACAGGACGGUCACGGGCCUCACGGAUCGGAUCAACAUCACCUUUUCCCUGCGGGACCCCUCACCACUACAGGAGGGUAAAUUACCACAGUGCCACUUCUUAAAUUUCUCCACCAAUGCCUAUCACAGGGACGGCUGCCUCACCAUCUGGAAGCGGGAGGAAGAGCGGCUCGUCUGCUCCUGCGAUCACCUGACCUAUUUCUCCGUGCUUCUGGUGAACCCAGAGACUUCAGAGAGGGACCGGAACAUUCUCACCUACAUCACUCUGAUUGGCUGCAGCAUCUCCCUCCUCUUCCUGGUCGGCACACUGUUCGUGUACGUCCGCGACAGGAGAAUGCUGGCUGACGCAUCGCCGAAGGUUCACCUCAACCUGGUCGUGGCCCUGAUCAUGCUCAACAUCCACUUCCUGCCCAGCCAGCUGAUAGCGUCGCUGCCCGUCUCUGGCCCUUGCGUUUACCUGGCCGUCAUGCUCCACUACUCCCUCCUGGCCACCUUUACCUGGACGGCCAUCGAGGGUUUCCACCUGUACCUGCUGCUGGUCCGCGUCUUCAACAUCUACGUCAAGAGAUACCUGCUGAAGCUGGGCCUGGUGGGCUGGGGUGUCCCUGCUGUAGUCGUGGCCGUCAUCCUCAUCAUCGACAGAGACAUUUACCAGCGCGUGACCCUUCCCUCCACUGAUAACAGCACCUCCUCUGCCCAAAUCUGUUUCCUGCAGGACAGCGCGGUGAGGCGGUUCAACCUGGCGUUCUGCGGCCUGGUGUGGGCGUGCAGCCUGGUCAUGCUGGCGCUGACGUGCCGGCUGAUGCUGGCGCUGCGAAGGGACCGCAUGCCCGGGGGGAGGAGCCGCGCCCGGAAGGACGUCUGCGCCGUCCUGGGCAUCGGCUGCCUGCUGGGCAUCACCUGGGGCCUGGCCUUCUUCUCCUUCGGACCCCUGCCGCCCACGCCCGCCCUCUACCUGUUCUGCAUCCUCAACUCGCUGCAAGAGGGGGGGGCUUUGGAUCAUCGGUGGGACGGGACGCUGCUGAGGAACGGACGCGACGCUCGCCCCUUAGAUUCCCGCUCCGCCCUGUUUCCCCCGCCGGCCCUCAGGUUUCUUCGUCGGCCUGUGGAUGUGCGUCUCCAGGCAGAGGUCCGGCGCCGCCGCCCCCGGCGGGGACUCGCAGGCCACCAGAUCCACAGACUCCCAGAGCAAGCACAUGCUCCGGCAGGACCCCGGGAGCCGGGGCGGCCGGGGGGGCCAGGGGGGCCAAGAGCCGGGCCACGCCAAAAAGACCGCCUCGACCGCUCUCUGAACCUGCGCCCAAAAUCACCGAGCCUUCCACACGACAACGUUCAUUUCAGCCAAUAAAUUAAUAUUACUUUAAUCCUUGUUUUUUUUUAAAUAAAGAGCACAGUAUGAAAAUGUU